CAAUAAGGGAAACAUGCCCAGUUGACCUAAGGCAGCGACUACUUGCACAAAAGCCAACAGAAUAUUCUGCGCAAGUGUAGCUGAUGCUGCUGCGACGCCGAUGCCGACAACAACGAAAACUGAACGAACGUGCUCAUCAUAAAGCACCAGAUUACACAAAAAGCAGCAGAGAGAGUGCGCACACACGAGAGAGCACAGUCGGUCAAUGGGCAGAGAGAAACAGAGAGCAGCAAGCCCAAAAGAGAGCACGCCAUCGUAGGCUGUGACUAAAGCUGCGCGCGUCGUCGGUUAGUUAAGUUUAAGACGAGCAACCGAAGAGAACGACCGCUGGGUGCGUCGGAAUGUAAAACGCGCCUCAAAACAGCAAAAAUAAACUAGAAGCAGCAAAAUCACAAAUCAAAACAAAAACAAACGAUUAAAGAAUAAAUGUAAAAUAAAUAAAUAAAACGACGGUCGGCACACCAUAUCAGAUGUCAGUCGAGAGAUAAAAAUAAGCAAACGGUUGGAAUAUGUGUUUCGUUGUAUAUGCAUAAAAAAAUAUUAAAACAAGCUGUGCGAAUGCGAUUCGAUUGCAAAACCAAACUGACAGCACUUAACGAAAGUGUGUCGUGAUGUCAUGGUAAUUGUAUCGCUUAUCAAAGACUGAAAAGAACGAUAACAAAAGCGAAAAAGGAAAUACAAAGCCAGCGGAAAAAGUCAAUAAAUACUUGCGAAAUCGAAAGUCAAUUGUAAAUAUACUGUGUGAUAAGAAGAAGACGGAGGAAGAUAAAUCAUGUUGUCCGAGGAGUAUCAAGUGUAUCUGGAGACAGCCUGGGAAUGGAUGAGCUAUGUUCCUUAUUUAGUAGUCACCUAUGUGCUACUUACGCUGCUGCCCAAGUCGCUGCUGCGCAUGAAACGCUUUGCAGAUGCGGAUUAUGAGGCGAAUCGCAAUAAAUAUCAUCGUUGCUAUGGCCCCGAAUUGUGUUGCCAUGUGCAAGGACUCGCCCAGGAGGCGACGCCUGUCAAGCAGAAGCAACGCAAGCCCGUGACGCGUGUCUAUCCCAAGCGCCAGCAGCCCAAGGAGGUGAAGGAGGAGGUGCCUCAAGUGGUGGCGCCACCUGUGAAGCGCAGCAAUGUCACCAAGAUUGCGCGCAUGUUCGAGUCGGGCACAGCGAAGCGACAGGUGAGCCGUGUGCUGCCCAGCACGCUGCCCGAGAUACGCAUGUUCGGUGCCAGCGAGGAGUCCAACGAGUCGACGCCUUGUGCCUCACGCAAGGGCAGCAUUGCCACACAGCUGACGGCGCAGCUGCAACACAUCGAACACGCCAUGCAGUUGUGGCAGGAGCUGGAAGAGGAGCAGCAUCAACAGCAGCAGCAAAAGUCAAACAGCAAGCUCAGCGAUUGGGAACCGAUUUCGGUACCCGUUGCUGUUCCUGUGCCCGCUUUGAGACGCACGCGUGGCACCUCGGCCACGCCCUCAACCGCCUCGCCGCUGUCCAGCUCACCGGAGCCCGCCUCCCCGGUGCUGUUGCGUCAGCCGCCAGCGUUGUGCUUGAAGUCCAGCAUGGAGGACAUCUUUCAGGCCAUCGCACGCAGCGCAGAGGAACCGCUUGAGCUUGUGGAGCAGACGGAGGACAGCGACAGCUUAGCGCCAGUUACCUGCAUCGAUGAUAUACUCUCGGAGCGUCGCUUCUCGCGUCCACUGUCCGCUUACUCCAUCACGGAUCUGCUCAACGAGGAGCAGGAGCAGUCGAUCUAUGUGAACGAGACGACGUUGCAACCUCCCGCAACGCUGACAACCAGUUGAGACCUUGCAACGUGUUGCACAGUCAGUCGGUCAAUCAGUCGGAGUCGAAGUCGGAGUCGGAGUUGAGUUGAGUUAGUCGUGCCAUCGAAAAAGACUUCCUGCCUCGCCACGCCCGCUUUCCCGCUUGUCUCUCUCUGUCUAUCUCUAUCACCCAUCUUCCCUCUCUUUCUUUCGUCGUCAUUCGCCUUUGUUUUGGAAUGACUCAGAGAGUCAAUAAAAUGCACUCGCUUAGCGAAUGAAUGAGUGCAGUAAAUGCAUUCGCAUUCACUUGUUAUAAACAUGUUGGCCACGCCUCCUUCCACCCGCCCCUCGACAACUUGUUUUCUUCCCCAUUUGCAUUUGCAAUUUGUUUGUUUAAUUGAUGAAAACUUAAACAAAUGGAAAUCGCAUCGACAAUAAAAUAAAAAUGGAAUUUCUCAAAACGUAUUCUAUUUGAUUUUCGUUGUACUUAUGCUUAAUUAAUAACUUUUAAAUAUUAAAUGUAUUUAAUGCAAUGCCAAACAAAACACAAGUAACAAUCUACAAGAAAAAUCUCAAGUGAUGUCACGAGAAUUGUAAAUACGCUAGAAAUGAAACUGAUAACUAAAUAAAUAUUAAGUAUACGACAAGCACACACACACACUAUAUAAGAAUAUUUCACUAUGAAUUUCUAGUAUUAUUUAGUUAAACUGUAUGCCACAAUAAAUAUAUAUAUACAUAUAUGCAAUACAAAACUAUUAAACAUUAUUAUAUAAAAUAUACUCUAUACGUUUUAACAAA